UACUUAAGUUAACAGAAGUUCAGGAUCUGCUUCAAAAAUUCUUGUGCAUCAACAAAAUGGAUCAAACAUGGCUAUAUACCCCUGUCAUAUUGCUCCUAAUUUUUUUCUUCUUCCUCAAGAAACACAACUUACUACAAACUAAAAACAAGCACAAAAAUCUACCACCAAGUCCUCCAUCACUUCCUAUCAUAGGCCACCUUCAUUUACUCAAAAACCCUAUUGUUCAUCGCACCUUUCAACAACUUUCCAUGCAAUAUGGCUCCAUUUUCUCUCUAAAUCUCGGUUCUCUUCCCUUUGUUGUCAUAUCUUCUCCGACUGCAGUCGAAGAAUGUUUCACCAAAAAUGACAUUGUUUUAGCUAACAGACCUCAAGUUCUUGCAGGAAAACACCUUCAUUACGAGUGGACCACCAUAGGAGCCGCCUCGUACGGUCCACUAUGGAGGAAUUUACGUAGGCUAACCACCCUAGAACUCUUUGCAACCAACUCUAUGAACUCAUUUGCAUGUAUAAGAAUAGAAGAAGUUAGGUCCUUGGUUAAAUACUUAUUUGGAAGCAGCAAAGAAAAAUUUGCUAAAGUUGAGAUGUCCACCAAUUUAUCUGGGGUGUCCUUAAACAUUUUGACCAGGAUAUUAACUGGAAAAAGAUACUUCUUUUUUGGUGAAGAAAUUGGUGGAGAUUAUCAACAAGAAGCUGAGAAAUUUCUUGACAUUAUGAGGGAAGUAUUUGAGUUAACUGGAGUGUCGAAUGUGUUGGAUUGUUUUUCGUUUUUAAAAUGGAUUAAUUUUCGGAAUGUGGAAGGAAGAAUGGUGGCAGUAAAACAUAAGAUGGAUAAUUUUCUAGAUGGUUUAAUAGAAGAAUGUAGGAAGAGGUACAAAAAUGGGGGUGAAACAGCCAUGAUUUACAACUUGCUGAAAUUGCAGGAUGCAGAGCCUGCAAACUACCCUGAUCAUAUCAUCAAGGGGAUCAUAAUGAUAAUGUUGAUAGCAGGAACAGACACAUCAGCUGUUACAAUUGAGUGGGCACUAUCAUUGCUACUCAAUCACCCCAAUGUACUCCAAAAGGCAAGAGAAGAAAUAGACAACAACAAACCCAAUAAUGACUUAAUAGAUGAAGUUGAUCUCCCCAAACUUCCUUACCUUCAAUGCAUCAUCAACGAGACGUUUCGACUGUUCCCAGCAGCUCCAUUGCUGGUAGGACAUACAGCAUCUGAGGACAUAACCAUCUCAGGGUAUCACAUUGACAAAGGUAAAACAUGCUUGAUCAACGCGUGGGCGAUUCAUAGAGAUCCUAAUCUAUGGGAGGACCCUUUGAGUUUUAGGCCUGAGAGGUUUGAAGGAUUAAAGAGUGAAGAAUAUAGAUUUACUUUGAUCCCAUUUGGGUUAGGAAGGAGAGCUUGCCCUGGUGCUGGUUUUGCUAAUAGAGUUGUAGGGCUUACUUUGGCAACUUUGAUUCAAUGCUUUGAUUGGGAGAGGGUUGAUGGGAAGAUUGUUGACUUAACUGAAGGAAUUGGACUCACUAUGCCUAAGGCUAAACCACUUGAAGCAAUGUGCAUGGCACGUAGAAGUAUGUUCGAUGUCAUCUCCAAGAUAUGAUGGUAUACUACUAUACUUCCUUCGUUUCAUUGUACUUGCAACACUCAUCGAAAAUGUAGAUGCCUUUAUACUUACAACCAAGCUAUAUAGUAUUUUGUGUCAA